UCAAGUCUCUUGAUGUCGGAAGUCUUUGGUCACUGCCACCGUCCAAGAUGGCUGCGCUUGUAGGGCUUCGAGCGUGUUUCUCCGCCUUUCAGCUUUCCUCACCUGGUCUCUUGCACAGCUCUUUUAAAUUAUGUGCUGUGCCUUUGAGUCGACGGACAUUUGCUGCAGAGGCCAAGAAGACGUACAGCAGAGAGAAGCCUCAUGUGAACAUAGGAACGAUCGGUCAUGUUGAUCAUGGGAAGACCACCCUGACAGCAGCCAUUACAAAAGUGCUCGCCGACGCUGGGGGUGCUAACUACAAAAAGUAUGAAGACAUUGAUAAUGCCCCAGAAGAGAAGGCCCGAGGAAUCACAAUCAAUGCCUCUCAUGUAGAAUACACCACAUCUAACCGGCAUUACGCCCACACAGACUGCCCUGGCCAUGCUGACUAUGUCAAGAACAUGAUCACGGGCACGGCCCAGAUGGAUGGCUGCAUUGUAGUGGUGGCUGCCACUGACGGUCAGAUGCCUCAGACGCGUGAGCACCUCCUGCUGGCCAGGCAGAUCGGCGUGGAGCAUGUGGUGGUUUUCAUCAACAAGGCAGACGCCGUGGAGGACAAAGAGAUGUUGGAUCUGGUGGAGAUCGAGAUCAGAGAGCUUCUCACUGAGUUCGGCUACGAUGGCGAGAACACUCCAGUGGUGAUUGGUUCUGCACUCUGUGCUCUGGAGAACAAGCAGCCGGAGUUGGGAGUGAAUGCAGUGUUGAAGCUGCUGGAAAUUGUGGAUUCUUAUGUUCCUCUACCCAAGAGAGAGCUGGAAAAACCUUUCCUUCUGCCCAUUGAAGGGGUUUAUUCCAUUCCAGGCAGAGGGACAGUGGUGACAGGCACCAUGGAGAGGGGCAUCAUCAAGAAAGGGGACGACUGUGAGUUUGUGGGCCACAAUCGCAGUUUCAAGUCUGUGGUUACAGGAAUUGAGAUGUUCCAUAAGUCUCUGGACAGGGCAGAGGCAGGAGAUAACCUGGGCGCUCUGGUCCGCGGUCUGAAGAGGGAGGAUGUGAGGAGAGGCAUGGUGAUGUGCAAACCGGGCUCCAUCAUGCCCCACCAGAAGGUCAAGGCACAGAUUUAUGUUCUGAGUAAGGAGGAGGGAGGCCGGCACAAACCAUUCGUCACCAACUUCAUGCCGGUCAUGUUUUCUCUUACCUGGGACAUGGCCUGCAGAGUCACCCUGCCGGCCGAUAAGGAAAUGGUGAUGCCAGGCGAGGACACUUCGUUGACGCUCACGCUCCGUCAGCCGAUGGUUCUGGAAAAAGGCCAGAGGUUCACUCUUAGAGACGGAAACAGAACCAUCGGCACCGGCCUGGUUACGGAGAUUCUGCCCGUGACAGAUGACGACCAUUGCAACUGGGGAUAAAGAGAAGCCCUGAAACGAAAGGGUUGGGCUUCGGGGAAUACUUCAGGGUCUGUAAGGGAGGGUGGGAAUCUGUACGUCAGAUGAAUUCAUUCUACAACUAUUCAAGAACACACAUUUGCACGAUCAUCCAUCAGGAAACACCCCAGAAAAUUAAACAUGUGUUCUGAAGUUAAACCCAACCAAAAUAACAGUUAUAUUCAGCUCUGUGUUAAAAGAUGGUCAAAAAUGUCAUUUAUGUAAUAAAAUGUAUUUAAUAAAAAAGCCUAAUAUCUUU